AUGAGCUAUCAACCGGAAGAUCCUUCGGCGGGAGUUGAGAUUGACGAACAUGAUUCAAAUGCGAUUGGUCGCGCACGCCCCCGGCGCCAUGACGACGAGGAUGAAGGCUCUGACACCUUUGAGGACGACGACUUGGAAAGUACAGUGGGUGCACCCACUCAUGGGCACCAGAAAAACCAAGGGAACGGCGACGAAGAAAUAGAGCUUCCUGCUCAUGCAUGCGCAUACUGUGGCAUCCAUAACCCGAGCAGUGUUGUCAAAUGUCUUUCUUGCAAUAAGUGGUUCUGCAGUGCACGUGGCAAUACCUCCUCCUCCCAUAUCGUUAACCAUCUCGUUCGAGCUCGCCAUAAGGAGGUGCAGCUGCACCCGGGUUCCUCUCUGGGUGACACCAUCUUAGAGUGCUACAACUGUGGUACCAAGAAUGUCUUUUUGCUCGGCUUUAUUCCCGCAAAGUCUGAUACCGUUGUUGUUCUUCUUUGCCGACAGCCAUGCGCAUCUAUGCCGUCUUCCAAGGAUAUGAACUGGGAUACUUCGCGCUGGCAACCUCUUAUCGAAGACCGUUCUUUUCUCCCUUGGCUUGUGGGAGCGCCCACUGACCAGGAACAACUCCGAGCUCGCCACCUCAGUCCCCAGUUGAUUGCGAAACUAGAAGAAAUGUGGAAAGAGAACUCGCAGGCGACUUUGGAAGAUUUAGAAAAAGCCACCGCAGUAGACGAUGAACCUGCGCCCGUCCUCCUUCGCUAUGACGAUGCAUUCCAGUACCAGAACAUUUUUGGGCCGCUUGUUAAGAUUGAAGCCGAUUACGAUCGUAAGUUGAAGGAAUCUCAAUCGCAGGAUGGUUUGAUUGUGCGUUGGGAUCUUGGUCUCAAUAACAAACACCUUGCAAGCUUUGUUCUACCCAAGCUUGAGCUGGGAGAUGUGAAACUGGCUGUGGGCGAUGAGAUGCGCCUCAAGUACAAUGGUGAACUGCGUCCCAAAUGGGAAGGUGUGGGAUACGUUAUCAAGAUUCCGAACAACCAAUCCGAUGAAGUUACUAUCGAAUUGCGCGCCAAGGGCGACCACAAGUCAGUGCCCACCGAAUGCACGCACAACUUCAUGGCCGACUACGUAUGGAAAUCCACAUCUUUUGACCGCAUGCAAUGCGCUAUGAAGACAUUUGCUGUUGACGAGCAGAGUGUCUCAGGCUACAUCUUCCAUCGCCUUCUUGGUCAUGAGGUUGCAGCUGCCCCCAUGAAGACUCAAAUUCCCAAAAAAUUCAGUGUUCCAGGUCUGCCGGAUCUGAACGGUAGUCAAAUCAACGCAGUUAAGAGUGUUCUUCAGCGGCCGCUCAGUCUGAUUCAAGGCCCACCUGGAACUGGUAAGACCGUUACUUCGGCCACUAUCAUUUAUCACCUUGCCAAGAUCAAUGGAGGCCAAGUCCUUGUUUGCGCCCCCUCUAACGUCGCUGUUGAUCAGCUGUGUGAACGUAUCCAUCUCACGGGACUGAAGACCGUGCGAGUGACUGCCAAAUCUCGUGAAGAUGUGGAGUCUGCCGUUGGAUUCCUUUCACUGCACGAACAGGUCCGUAUGAAUGAUAGCAACAUCGAGUUGGUCAAGCUCAACCAGCUCAAAGCCGAACUUGGCGAGUUAUCCAGCCAGGAUGAAAAGCGCUUGAAGCAGCUUACUCGAUCCGCCGAACGUGAAAUUCUGACUAACGCCGAUGUCAUCUGCUGCACCUGUGUUGGUGCAGGCGACCCCCGUCUUUCUAAGGGCAAGUUCCGCACUGUCCUGAUUGACGAGUCCACUCAAUCUGCUGAGCCUGAGUGUAUGAUCCCGCUGGUUCUCGGUUGCAAGCAAGUUGUCUUGGUCGGAGAUCACCAGCAGCUCGGCCCCGUCAUCAUGAACAAAAAGGCCGCCAAGGCUGGUUUGAACCAGUCUCUGUUUGAGCGCCUCGUUAUCCUAGGUUGCUCUCCCAUUCGUUUGAACGUCCAGUACCGUAUGCACCCGUGCCUUUCAGAAUUCCCGUCAAACAUGUUCUACGAGGGCUCACUGCAAAACGGUAUCACCAUCGCCGAUCGUGUUCGCCGCGACGUUGAUUUCCCUUGGCCGAUUAUUGAUGAUCCCAUGAUGUUCUGGUCAAACCUGGGCAAUGAAGAAAUUUCCGCAUCAGGAACCUCGUACCUCAAUCGCACCGAAGCCACAAACGUCGAGAAGAUUGUUACACGCUUCUUCAAGGCAGGUGUGCAGCCCAAGGACAUUGGUAUCAUCACCCCGUAUGAGGGACAGCGGAGCUACAUUGUCAGCUCGAUGCAAGCGAACGGUACCUUCAAAAAGAGCACUACAAAGAGAUUGAAGUCGCCUCGGUUGAUGCUUUCCAGGGCCGAGAGAAAGAUUACAUUAUCCUCUCUUGUCCGACCCAAGCAAGCUUACAGAGGACCUCAGCGUUUCCAAAUGUCUUUCAGUCAAGCAUCUAACCCUCAGAGUAAUGCAGUGAAUGGUCGCAAUGGUCACCGCAAUGAGUACCACGACUCUGGUUCUGUGGUCGGCUACAUUCCCGAUGAUGUCUCCUCCGUUCACGGCUCCGCUGUUGGCGGUGUUGGCCUUCCAUCUGGCUAUCCUCCUAUGUUCCAGAAUUUCGGCGAGGCUUGGCCUUCGAUUACUGGCAAUCGCCGAGCCAACGGUGGUCGUGCUAAGGGAGCACCAAGCGUGGCUGGGGAGUCAGUUGCUGCUACCGAAUCCGAUGUCACCAGCAGCGUUGCCGAUGGGCGAAGCAUUGAUCAGGGCGGUGUCAGUCUCGCCGGUCUAAGCAUCAAUGAUAUGAACAAGCAACCGAGUCUCAGUCAAUCUGAUCGACUGAAGCGCUAUGUAGAGUCUGGAGGACGCGAGCCUUACCGAGCUGGAGUUCCUGAUAACGGUAGCAUCUUCGGAGGCAGUUCGGCUAGUAUCCGUGUGACUCGCGGUGCGCCAGGCCAGAUCCCCCACGACGACGAUGAUGCUCGCAGUGUGUCCACUGCUUUCGCUAGCCAGGUCGGCGGCAACUAUGACUGA